AUGACCACCAUUGAUCUGCGAUGGGACAUGGAGCUUGUGUUUGGGGUGGGGGGAGGAGAGUGCUUAGUUUUUGAACUAUGUCACAACAAGGACACUUUCGCUGGGACACAAUCGACUCUCAGUAUGCUGCGGAGCUGCAAAACAGAAUACGGGAUCGUUGGUAUGAAGGGCUGUGCGCUCACAGUUCUCCUCAACCUGUGUAUAACGUUGACCGGUGGAAUUGAAAUUCAGCCAAUCCCUCCGUACCCAAAGGUCAAUCAGUCCGUGAUCCUCAACGUUGGCGGUAUCACUGGGAUAUUCCGCAGCUUUGCGUGGUUUAAAGGAGCAGGCACUCAAGCAGCCAAUCAAAUUCUCUCAUAUUCUUCGAAAAACAAGCCACCGCUGACUCCUGGAAAUCAGUAUUUUUCUAGAGCAAAAGGACUCUCCAAUGGUUCGUUAGUCAUUUCGGAUCUUCUUAUCUCAGAUCGGGACACCUACACGGUGCAGGUCCAGACACAUAGUCUACAUACAGCUUCAAUAUACCUUCAUGUAUAUGAAAAUGUCACGAGACCCGUGGUCAGAGCAUCCAGCUGCGGCUUCUUGGAAAACGAAGCAGUCGAUCUCACAUGUGAUACGGCCAAUGCCGAGACAAUCCUAUGGAGCAGAGAAAAUGGCGGCCUUCCGUCUGAUGUCACCCUGUCCACAGAUAACAGGACCAUCAGCUUCUCCAAUAUUAAAGCAUCAGAUGCCGGAGAGUAUUGGUGUGAGGCUGGGAAUCCUGUUAGCCGGAGCAAGAGUGACUCUUACACACUGAUUGUAACCUGUCCGUGCCAAUCCCAUGGAGGGUCAUGUGCGGCAGUUACAUCUGGAAUCAUUUGUGGGACCAUCUUGGGGACAGCAAUAACCAUUGGUGCCGUUUUCCUUUUGUACAAAAACUAUGUCAUUUCCGUGAAAGACGUACAAAAAGAACUGCACCCUGGGAAUGAGAAUCCAUCCACUGUGUAUUAUAACGAGCAGAAUGUGGCAGAAGAUGAAGCUGCCACGGUGGAGCAAUCCUAUAUGAAUCAGGCUGCAGAUUUGGAACCAUCCUAUAUGAAUGAAGCUGCCAUUGUGGAAAGAUCCUAUAUGGUUUUUCAGGAUGAAGCCAUCAAAGAGGAGCCAUCCUAUAUGGACCUGGAGUUCCCAUCACAGGACACAUACACCGAUCUACAGCAAAAGGACAAAUGCUUCUCACACAUUUACUCUACGUAAUAUCCUCCUAUUGCAAGCACUGCCUACCUGUCGCCACGGUCAAUAUUUUGGGUUUCUGUUCGUUAAUAUUUUAGUUCAGUCGAUAAUACACCUUCAAACAUAUCCACAGUAAUAACGAAACGUCUGAUUCUCCACAAAACUUAACUUUCCAUUUUCCAAAUCUCCGCGUAUGACAAUAUGAUGAUGUAAUAUUAUGCUUUGCUGUUUUGGAACUGUAAAUAAAUAACACAUUUGCCUAAAUUCUUAUAAUAAAAAUAUCUAUCUUAAAAACAA